CGACUCUUUGCUCGUUGGCUACUCCGAGGUGACGGUGUGGCAUUGAAGUAGAAGCAAGAGUAUCUAAGACUAUUGAAGGUAUAUGCUGCGAAUUGCUGGUCGGGUUAUGUCUCUCUCAAAGAACUCAAGCACAAUGGCGAUGACGACGGCGACCAAUUCGGUGACGAUGGCUGCCGCUGCUGUCGCGCCAAACUACUCGGCCUUUCUCACCGAGACGGCUCGUGCUCGGAAGCCAUCGCCCAUUCGGGCACUAAUGCCACUGCUUCGCGAACCUGGCAUGAUCUCGCUUGGGGCUGGUCUUCCCAAUCCUGCUACCUUUCCGCUCUCCAAGAUCACCAUCGAUGUCAACGCUCCAGGCUCUCUUGGCGAUGCUGCGACACAGACCGAGUCCAUCAAGGUGACUCUGGAUGGCACCAUGCUCGACGAGGCGCUGCAGUACUCGGCCACGCCUGGUCUUCCGCGGCUGGUCGAUGGCCUUACGGGUCUGAUGACUCGGUACCACGGCGAGAACGCGUCGGCAGUUGGUGUGGAUCGGGCACUGGCGGUGACGACCGGCUCGCAGGACGCGCUGACCAAGGCCUUUGCCGCCAUUCUUGGUCCUGGCGAAUCGCUACUGCUGGAGAACCCGUCGUACUCGGGUGCACUGGCGUAUCUCCAGCCGGCCGGCGUUGAUCUGGUUGAUGUCGAGCUCGACGAGCUCGGCCUGGUCCCGGACUCGCUCGAGGCCAUCCUGGAGGCCUGGCCGGAGGACAAGCCCAAGCCCAAGGCGCUGUACACCAUUGUGACCGGGCAGAACCCUUCGGGUGCCACGCUCUCGGCCGAGCGCAAGGCCCGGAUCUACGACCUCGCCUGCGCCCACGACUUCUCAUCUUGGAGGACGAUCCAUACUACUUCCUCACCCACCCCCCGGUGGCACCGCAGCCGUCGUUCCUCUCGAUGGACACCUCGUCGCGUGUCCUCCGCUUUGACUCGUUUUCCAAGAUCCUCUCGUCGGGUCUUCGCCUCGGAUGGGUCACCGGGCCGAGCCCGCUCGUCGACGCCAUCCUCCUUCACGCCCAGGCCACCUCGCUCCACUCAUCAGGUAUCUCGCAGGCCAUCGCCGCCGCCGUCCUCGACGCGUGGGGCCCUGACGGGUUUAACGCCCACGUUGCCGCUGUUCGCGAGUUCUACGCUGCUCGGGCCACCGCCCUCGCCGCUGCCGCCGACAAGCACCUUGCCGGCCUCGCCGAGUGGUCGCUCCCGACCGCAGGCAUGUUCCUCUGGAUCAAGAUCCUCGGCAUCGAGGACUCGUUCACCCUCAUCAAGGAAAAGGCCAUCGCCGCCAAAGUCAUUCUCGUCCCGGGCUCGGCCUUUUCACCCUCAGGCGCACCCUCGCCCUAUGUCCGCGCCUCGUUCUCCGUCGCCGAUCCCAAGCUUUACGAUGAGGCUCUCUCGCGUCUAGCCAAGCUCAUCAAGUCGAGCCAGGCAUAAUCCACCAUGCCUGUUGCAGACGAGGCGAAUACAGAAGCGAGCUUCCCC